GCCGAGGAGGCAAAGGCAGCCGAGGAAGCAAAGAUGGCUGAGGAUGAACAAGCCGCCCUCGGGGGCAGGCCAACAUCUUCGGAGCCAGCAAAGCUCAAGGUCAUUCCUCCUCUUUCGCCAAAGUCAAAGAAAGAGGUGCUGGAGUCCGACCUCGGCUUCGAUCGUGCUGACGAUUUUGCCUUCCUCGAGAUG